AUGCUAUCGAAAUCUCUGACUCUUGCUUCUGACAAUGUGACAUACGAUCUUGAGGAUUCCGUAACUCCCAGUCAGAAGCCCGCCGCCCGGGCCGCGCUCCGCGAUCAUCUGAACAGCAUACACAGCUCCGGUUCCCGGCCUAAGUCGAUAGGCGAGCUCGCAGCGCGCAUCAACGCCGUGUCCACUCCUCAUGCUCUCGAAGACCUCACUGCUCUUGCAUCACUACCAAACCUCGAAGCAAUCGUAGUGCCCAAAGUCAACUCGGCUUCCGAUCUCACAUUUGUCACUGAUGUGCUCCGUCACAUUGCGCCCGAACGUCACCCAACGUCACCCGACUCUACCACGAGCACAAGCACAAAUGGUCCACAGCAACAACCGAUCAAGCUGAUCGCACUUAUCGAGUCCGCCCGCGCCAUCGUCGACCUCCCCUCCAUCUGCGCCGCGUCGCCCUAUCUCUCAGGCCUGAUAUUCGCGGCGGAGGACUUUGCCCUCGACUUGUCGCUAACGCGGUCGCCGUCUCUGCGCGAGUUUCUGUACGCACGGUCAGCGAUCGCGACGGCUGCGCGUGCGUUCUCGCUGCCUUCGACGAUCGAUCUCGUGUGCACAUCAUACAAGGGGGAGGCGGGCCUGGCGCGUCUGGAGGAGGAGUGCCGCGAUGGACGGGCGCUGGGAUUCAAUGGCAAACAGUGCAUCCACCCGUCACAGGUAGACAUGGUGCAGCGGCUCUUCGCGCCGGACGAGGAGGAGGUUGCGUGGAGCGUUCGAGUGGUGAUUGCGGACGAGAAGGCGAGUGCUGCGGGACGAGGUGCCUGGACACUCGAGGGCAAGAUGAUCGAUGCGCCGGUAGUGGGAAAGGCUCGAGCGGUUGUGGAGAAGGCAGAGAAAUGCGGUAUGGACAUCCAGGCAUUGCGUAACAAGUGGAAGGAGCAGGAACCUGAGUGA